UUGCCGCCAGUAUUAAUCGGUUUGUUAUUAAAUAUUUUAGAUGGCUUAUCUUAUGGAAUAAUCUUAUUCCCAAAUGUUGGAAUUUUUUCAAAUUUAGGGCCUGCUGGUCUUUCAAUGUUUUAUAUAUCUUGCAUUGUCUCUCAACUAGUUUACACCUUUGGUGGUUCUGGCUUUCCUUGCUCAAUUGGCUCAGAAAUGAUCGAAAUCACUCCCUUUAUUCACACAAUUGCUUUGAAUAUUUUGCAUAAACUAAGUCCCUCUCAUAACUCAAAUAAUAUUCCUCAAGAGUUGCAAGAUAAAAUACUAGCUACGACUGUUGUAGCCACUGCUAUUUCUUGUAUCUUGACAGGUUUAACCUUUUUCAUACUAGGUAAAUUCAGACUAGGCCAAUUAAUUGGCUUUUUCCCUAGACAUAUCCUAAUUGGUUGUAUUGGUGGUGUGGGUUAUUUCCUUAUUAUGACUGGUUUUGAAGUCACUUCAAAGCUACCAAAUAAUAUACAUUAUAACUUGGAAACAUUAAAAUUGCUAUUUUCUGGUCUUUAUUUUGUCAGAUGGUCUUUAGCAGUACUGGUAACAGUUUUAUUAAUAUUAUUACAGAAAUUCAAUAAAGUCUUAUCAAAAUCAGCAAUUUUCUUACCUUGUUAUUUCAUCUUAAUUUUUUUACUAUUCCACCUUUUAGUAUUGAUAAUUCCCUCAUGGAGCCUUUCAAAAUCUAGAGAAUUGGGUUUUGUCUUUGAUAUUGAUACUUCUACCAACAACUCUUCCUGGUACUCUUUUUAUUCACUUUAUAAGUUUUCAAAAGUCGAUUGGUUAUUGAUUUUGCAAGAGCUUCCAACAAUGUUGGCCUUGACAUUUUUUGGUAUUUUGCACGUUCCAAUUAACAUCCCUGCUUUAGCUGUCUCCACUAAAAAUGACGAAAUUGAUAUCGAUAAAGAAUUAAUUGGUCAUGGUGUAUCUAAUAUACUAUCUGGUUGUCUUGGUUCAGUUCAAAAUUAUUUGGUUUAUUCAAACAGUUUAUUAUUCAUCAGAUCUGGUGCUGAAUCGAAACUACCUUCUUUCUUGUUGGCAGUUGGAACAGUCAUUAUCAUGUUUAUUGGUCCAGUUCUUAUAAAAUUCAUUCCAGUUUGUGUUGUUGGAGCUUUAAUUUUUCUCUUGGGCUAUGAAUUAAUGAUUGAAUCGUUAAUAGAUUCUUAUGGAAGACUCAGUAAAUUUGAAUAUACAACUGUCAUCAUCAUUGUUUUCACCAUGGGUAUUUGGGAUUUUGUUUAUGGUAUCAUUAUUGGUAUAUUGCUUGCUUGUAUUUCUUUUGUGGUUGAUAAUGCCAGAAGAAACCCAAUUACUCAUAUCUACUCUGGUGUUAUUGCAAAAUCAACUGUUUUCCGUAAUCAAUUAUUUAAAAAAUUUUUAAGAAAUGUUGGUGAUCAAAUAUAUUUAAUGAAAUUGGAAGGUAACAUUUUUUUUGGUACAAUUGGUGCUAUUGAAGAAGAAAUCAGAGCGAGAUUUGAAGUCUCUCCAUCAGAAAGCGGCUUUUCUUCAUCAUCAUUGUCCAAAAUUGAUACAUACCCAUCUAUUCGAUACCUCAUUUUGGAUUUUAAAAACAUUUUAUCAAUUGACUACACAGCUGCAGAAGGUUUUACUAGAAUUAAGAACUUGGUGAAAAAACAUAAUGCCUACCUAAUUAUAUCCUCUAUUUCUAAUGAUAGCCAGAUUUACAGAUCUUUAAAUGAUGUCGGUUUACUAUGUAACAAUGAAGAAUUUGAUGGUUGCAAACCAGUCCAAUUGUUUGAUAAUUUGAAUUCUGCCUUAGAAUGGUGUGAAAAUGAAUUUUUAUCAUCUUAUUAUAAGUUUAGACAAAAGAAAUUAUUAAAUUUAAUUAGUCCUAUAAUAUCUGCUAUAAAUCCGAUGCUGUCAAUGGCAGACAAUUCUUCUUUUAUUGGUUCACCUAGACAGACCAACCUUUUUAAAGCUGCUACUCAAACUAUUAGUGAGGAGUUUAAGAUUAACAACCAAAUUAUGAAGGAAUUAACAAGUGUUUAUCCCCUUUCAUUGAUAAUGUCGACUUUUUACGGGUUGUCAUCUAAACCUGAGAGUUUUUGGAUAAAGUUGUUACCUUAUUUGCGUAAAGAAAGAAUUCCAAGAAACACAAUUGUUUACACAAAUGAAGGAAAAGAAAAUAACGAGGGUUUUAUGUUUAUCAUUGAAUCUGGUUUAAUAAAAGUUAAUCAUUCUUUUGCUCAAGGAACAAUAGAUGAAACAUUUCUGCCCAAAACAUGUUUAGGAAAUUUAGGUGUAUCUUCUCCUAUCCAUGAAAAUGAUGAAAUAUUUGAAUUAUUGGAUAGAAAGUAUCAAAUUAUCACUUCAUCAGAUUGUGUUGUUUGGAGGAUUAAUUUUAAUGAUUUGCUUAAAUUAAAAAAAAUAAAGAGUGAAGAAGGUAUCAUUGGUGUAGAAAUAAUCAAUGAAUUAUUAGAGGUUCAAAUGAAGAUAUUUUUUGAAAGAUUUGAAAACGUUACAGCAUAUGCUUUAAUUUCAAGUUAA